AUGUAUCGCAUCGGCGUGGACGUCGGCGGCACCAAUACCGAUGCCGCCAUUCUGGACAUCACUGCAUCUGAAACCGAAUCUCGCGGCGUCCUAGCCUCCAGCAAGACCCCCACGACGCCAGAUGUUACCAGCGGCAUUAAGGAUGUCAUCAAGAGCGUGCUCCAAAAGUCCUCCGUCGACACCCAAGACAUUCUCAGUGUCGCCAUCGGAACCACCCACUUCGUCAAUGCUGUCGUGGAGGCCGAUGCCCGGAGACUCUGUAAGGUUGCUGUAAUCAGACUAUGCGGCCCGUUCACUCGCGAGCUCCCCCCGUUCACGGACUUUCCCCCAGCACUACGGAAAAUCAUGGCUGGCCCUGUGUACUACUUGGAUGGCGGCCUGGAAAUCGAUGGGCGUGAAAUCUGUCCCCUUAAUCUGGAACAGAUCAAAGCCACUGUGGACAGUAUUCGCGAGGCUGGUAUCAGUAUGGUUGCAAUUAUUGGGGUGUUUUCUCCCCUUGAUCAUAGUGGAAUCCAUGAGGAAACCUGCAAGAAAAUUAUGCUUGAACUGAACCCGUCCCUCUCCAUUAUCUGCUCUCAUUCGAUCGGUGGCGUUGGUUUACUUGAGCGUGAGAACGCCACGAUCUUAAACGCCUCUAUCCUGAAACUGGCUAGAAAGACUGUUCGUGCUUUCUGCAAAGCCAUGGCUGAUCUUCAUCUCUCAUGCAAACUAUAUCUCACGCAAAAUGAUGGUACUCUAACAGAUGCGGUGACUGCGUCUGAAUUUCCCAUAAAGACCUUUGCAAGUGGGCCCACAAAUAGUAUGACUGGUGCUGCAUUUCUGGCUGGACUUGAUAGACAAGGAUCUCGCCCGUCCUUGGAUCGCCAAGUCCUCGUGAUUGACGUUGGCGGUACUACUUCGGACGUUUGCGCGUUGCUCCCAUCGGGAUUCCCUCGUCAAGCAUCAAACUUCGUGGAAGUUGGAGGUGUCAGAACCGCGUUUUCCAUGCCAGAAGUGCUCUCCGUUGGACUCGGUGGAGGCAGCAUCAUUCGUCGCGAUGAAACCACUGGCCAUGUUAGCGUUGGCCCGGAUUCUGUGGGUCAUUAUCUCACUAGCAAAGCUUUGGUAUUUGGUGGUGAUACCAUGACAUCAACUGAUAUCGUCGUUGCAACUGGAUCCGAAAGCAUCGGCGAGCCACUCAAGGUUGCAUCAAUUUCGCCAGACGUUGUUACUGAGGCUCGCAGGUGCAUUAGGAAGAUUCUGGAACGUGCUGUUGAAGGUAUGAAAGUAUCGGCACUACCAGUCACUGUUCUUCUUGUCGGUGGUGGCUCCAUCGUCUAUAUGGAUUCGCUCGAAGGAGUCCAGGAGUGCAUCAUUCCACCUCAUCAUGAUUCCGCAAACGCUGUUGGCGCCGCUAUCGCAAAGGUAGCAGGAACUGUCGAUCUCAUUGAAAUUCUGGCGGGCCAGAACGAAAAGGAGGUGGUCAAAAGGGCGGAGCAGAGUGCGAUAGAGGCGGCCGUAGCACGAGGUGCUGACCGCAGCGAUGUAGCAAUUGCCGAAAUCGAAAAGCUUCCCCUUCAGUAUGUUACAAACAAAGCCACCCGAAUACUUGUUAAAGCGGUAGGAAAACUCAGAGUCCCAGAGAAGGGAGCUGUCUCUAAUGAUGAGCUGAAUCUGUUUGCCGAUGAGGCAGAAAACGAUGGUGAGGAAGCACCCAAGGCUGCUGCAGACGAGAAUACAGCCGCCUCUGGAGUCAAACAUUCUAUUUCUAUCGACAUACCAUCCUACAAGCCUGACGUGAGAAAUGGUGUGUGGUAUAUUAGUCCUGUCGACUUGGAAUUUAUCGCCUCCGGCACUGGGGUUUUAGGAACUGGGGGCGGUGGGCCAUCUUAUCUCCAGUAUCUUGUUGGGCUUGAAAUGUUAAAAGACUACCCGCCUGAAAGAAUGCGUGUCAUCUCACUUAAGAAAAUGGCGGACUCUGAUAUUUGCGUCUUCGCCUCCUGGUACGGAGCUCCAAGUGUAUCUGGGGAACGAAUUCCCUCGGGUGAAGAGCUAUUUAAAUCUGUUGAAAUGUCGGUUCAAAUCUCAGGCUACACUCACUUUGAGGCAAUAAUUGCAGACGAAAUUGGAGGCGGAAAUGGCCUGACUUCAUUCUCAAGUGGCGUUCAUUUUGAUAUUCCAGUGAUUGAUGGAGAUUUAAUGGGCCGUGCCUAUCCGUCAAUGGAACACGGAACACCUUAUGUCUACGGCCAUCCAAUCACCCCUUGCACGUUAGCCGAUGCGAAUGGCAACGUCUCCGUAGUCAUGAGUGCCACUUCCAAUGCUAAAGUUGAGACCAUGCUACGUGCUACCUGCAUUGAACUAGGCUUGAAGACAGCAGUAUCCGCUAGACCACUACCUGGAAGUGCAAUCAAAGAGUAUGCUAUUCCCAACACCGUCUCCCAAUCGUGGUACUUGGGUCGGGCUGUUCAUAUGGCUCGCCGAGCCAAGACUGAUGUUACCGAAGCAAUCUUCGCUACAACGCCUGGAAAACUCCUUUACACCGGGAAAGUCAUCGACGUUCGCCGGGAUGUAGGACGUGGAUAUACCAUGGGACACUGUGUCCUUGCACCACUGUCCAAAGAUGAACUAGACCAACCUUCGGCAAAAGCUGCGAGUUCGACAUCGUCCAUGACUGAGGACACCAGACAACUCAUCAUCCCAUUCCAAAACGAGUACCUUUACGCCGCCUAUGUGAAUGACGAAGAAUGCCCUGAGGAGUUGGCCAAACAGGACGUCAUCUGCACAGUUCCGGAUUUGAUUUCUAUCUUGGGACAAGAUGGAGAAGCGAUUGGUUCGCAGGAGCUCCGGUAUGGCCUCAAAGUUCGUGUAAUUGCGAUGCCGGCACAUCCGUUAUGGACUGGCGACGAGCGUGGGUUGCGGGUUGGUGGUCCGAAAGGUUUUGGCCUAGAUAUGGAUUGGAAGAGUAUAGGGCAAUACGAAGAACCCAGGAGUGUGAUCGAUGAGUAUAAUAUUGCUGUUUGA